AUGAGACAUUUAAUUUACCCUCCUUCAGUUGGAAUGAACGAAGAUUCAUUUCAUGCGUUUUGGGACGCUGAUAGGAAUAUAUGCCCAGACAUGGUUAUCCUAGUGAGAAAUGUUGCUUUGUAUGAGUCUAAACCUGUAAAUAUUAGGUCAUCGGAAGUUAAGUCUGAAAUGAUUUGUGAAUGUCGUAUAUUGCCUACUAUAGUAAAUUUGUGCCUCGCAAGAGAUACACCAGAUUUUAUUACAUUGUUACGACCAAAUGGAACUAUUUUUAAUUUGGAACCAUUACGAAAACCAGGAAAUCUCAAUGAACUAUUGAAAGCGUUGAUUUGUAUGCUAACUUGUCUCAAGGGCAUUAAACCAAAACCAAUAAUGCAUAGUGGCCAAAUAUUGUUCAUCAUUAUAAAGAAUACAAAAAAAUUCAUUAUCGAUAACGCAACUUUAGGUUCUGAUAAUACAGCAAUAGAGUCAUCGUAA